AGACCUCCCCUAUAGAAUGAAAAGAUGCCAUCGAGUCUACGCCUCAGCCAUUGUAUUUCGCCGUUGUCUCUAUUCAGUGGUGUGCUGUAACUCAGUAAUUUCGUCGAUUUUAAUAAACGCAGAUUGUAGACAUCCAGCUGAAUUUAUCAAAACCUAGUCUGCACACGGAUUGCAAAGAAGAUAUUUAGAAAAAUAAUAGAUUUUUUUGGGCUCACGCGAUAUUAAAAUUAGCAGCUAGCUUCCUUUAGUUUAUUUCCCCAAAAAACCUUUGUUAUUAAACCAAUAGGCAUUUCUCCACGGAUCCGGUUUCUAUUUAGAUGGCAAGCUUCCCAGGUUCUGUAAAUGAAAAUGAAAUAGGUAAGGCUAAGUUCAUCGGUGAACUUUUAGUGCCUGUUGCUCCCUUUGACCAGAAGUCUGGGCGAGAGACCUGGACUGUAGCCUUUGCACCUGAUGGUUCUUACUUCGCUUGGUCUCAAGGGCAUCGCAUCGUGAGGCUCGUUCCCUGGUCAAAAUGCCUGAAGAAUUUUGGUGGGGAAGGCUCCAACAGAGCAGGCACUCGGCGUUUGUCGCGACAGGACAGCGAGGGUGGAACAGUGGUGCCAGUGGGUGAGCCCAGGGAGCACACCAUCGACUGCGGUGACAUUGUGUGGGGCCUGGCCUUCGGCUCGUCAGUGCCAGAGAAGCAGAGUCGCUGCGUCAACAUCGAGUGGCACCGCUUCAAGUUCGGUCAGGACCAGCUGCUGCUUGCCACGGGCCUCAACAACGGACGCAUCAAGAUCUGGGAUGUCUAUACUGGAAAGCUGUUGCUCAAUCUCAUGGACCAUACAGAUAUAGUGCGAGACCUGACUUUCGCCCCUGACGGCAGCCUCAUGCUGGUAUCGGCAUCCAGAGACAAAACCCUGAGGGUCUGGGACCUGAAAGAUGACGGUAACAUGGUGAAAGUGUUGCGGAGUCAUCAGAACUGGGUCUAUUGCAGCGCAUUCUCACCAGACUCCUCAGUCCUCUGCUCUGUUGGAGCCGGUAAAUCGGUGUUCCUUUGGGAUAUGGAUAAAUAUUCCCUGAUCCGGAAGCUGGAGGGUCACCAUAACGAUGUGGUGUCCUGUGAGUUCUCUCCCGACGGAGCCUUGCUCGCCACCGCCUCCUACGACACCCGUGUCAUCAUCUGGGACCCCCACAUGGGCACUGUGCUGCUUGAGCUAGCGCACCUCUUCCCCCCCCCCUCGCCCAUCUUUGCUGGAGGGGCCAACGAUCGCUGGGUACGCUCUGUAGCGUUCUGUCACGACGGGCGUCACAUUGCCAGCAUCACUGACGACCGAAUGGUGCGUUUCUGGACAAUUGAUGAGACGUCUCCCCAGGCCAUCGCCCCCCUCACUAACGGCCUCUGCUGUGCGUUCUCUACUGACGGGAGUUUCCUAGCAGCUGGGUCUCGAGACGGCAGCGUGCAUUUCUGGGCGUGCCCAAAGAGCAUUGCCAGCCUGCAGCACCUGUGUCGCAUGGCACUACGACGGGUCAUGUCCACCCAGCAGGUGCAGACUCUGCCUAUCCCGCCCCGCAUACGCUCCUACCUGUCUUACCAAGAUCUCUAGCCCUCCACAUUCACCCUCACUGCCCAACACCGCAUGCUGGAAACCAAUUAAUAUUACCUUCCUAGAAAAAACACCCAGGAAAAAUACCAAAAAAAUAACCGAAGAGGAAAAACUUGAUUGACGAACUAACUGUUCUGUGACAAGACACAUUUUUGGGUAUUUAUUUUUGUAGGUUUACUUCCGUGUGUGCGUGCCAUGGCCCCCUCAGGGAGCGUGGUUGAAUGGUUAAGUUAUUUCAGUGGCCUGUCUCUCAGCGUAAGAUGGCCUUACCAUAUGUCACCUCUGGAUAAUUCUACAUUAUUCCUCCAAUAGACUUUUUUGCUGCUGAUCAUUGGCCUGGUGGUGGUGGAAUCAAUAUUGAUGUGCUGUCUCUCAACCUUCUCCGACUUGGAAGCAGAGAAACCAUGCAACUCCACUGACUUUACUGUACGGACUACUAAGGUUGCAAAAUUCUGGGAACUUUCAAUAAAUUCCCUGGUUAUCCCGAAAUCCAGUUUGGAGGAAAUGUGGAAUCCGGAGGGAAUAAGGAGGAAAUCCGGAAUCCUCCAACUCUACUAACGACUGAGUGAGAGGAUGGAGGGUUCGUCCCAACGCUUUCAGUGCUUCAGAGACGGGCAUGAAGGGUCGAGAAGUGUGUAUGGCCACAUGUACAAGUGUGUGUGUGGAAGCCAGGGGAGUCAAACUCAUUUUGCCACAUGGGUCUUCGCCGAGGUCUGCAGGGCUGCAAGUACAAUUGAUUAUAUUUCUUCUGUCAGAAUGUGUUUGUUUUUUUAAAGUCCUCUUUCCAUCGCUUUUGGACUUUUCGAUUCUCCUUGACUGUCUAGCUUUCAUUUCGAUUGCCUUUUAGAAAGCUGGACAGAGUGAGAUUACACCGUUUUGAUUUGGUUUUGGUAAUUUCAAUAUCAAUUGAGAUUGUUUUCCAUUUAAAGCAAAAAAAUAACUAUAAAAGUUAAUUUGAAAAUGGUGUAAGUGAAUGACUGCUGACCUUCUGCUGCAACGGGCUGCUGGAUCCCUCCCUCAGUUUUCUGCUACCCUAGAUCUCCUCAGGUCUUAACCCUUACUCCCUCGCUUGCCCAGGUGCUCAACGUGCUUUCCUUUCCACACAUCCUGCCUCACUCACGCCCAGGAGGGCAAAGACUGCCUGUAGCCUACACUGUCUCAUCUCAGUCUCAAAACAAUAGCAACUCAUGGUCUGACCUGUUUCGUUCUCAUUUUUUACCUGGGGGGAAAAAAAUCUGUAUAGACAAUUGAUUGAUUUUGUGUGUGUGUGUGUGUGUGUGUACUGUGUACAGUGGCUUGUGAAAGUAUUCACCCCCUUGGCAUUUUCCCUAUUUUGUUGCCUUACAACCUUGAAUUAAAAUGUAUUUUUGGAGAUUUAUUAUUUGAUUUACACAACAUGCCUACCACUUUGAAGAUGCUAAAUGUGUUUUAUUGUGAAACACACCAGCAAUAAGACAAACAGAACUUGAGCGUGCAUUACGCCCAAGUGAAUACUUUGUAGAGUCACCUUUUGCUGCAAUUACAGCUGCAUGUCUCUUGGGGUAUGUCUCUAUAAGCUUGGCACAUCUAACCACUGGGAUUUUUGCCCAUUUAAGGCUAAACUGCUCAAGCUCCUUCAAGUUGGAUGGGUUCCACUGGUGUACAGCAAUCUUUUAAGUCAUUCCACAGAUUCUCAAUUAGAUUGAGGUCUGGGCUUUGACAAGGCCAUCCCAAGACAUUUAAAUGUUUCCUCUUAAACCACUGAAGUGUGCUUAAGCCGUAUGCUUAGGGUCAUUGUUCUACUGGAAGGUGAACCUCCGUCCCAGUCUCAAAUCUCUGGAAGACUGAAACUGCUUUCCCUCAAGAAUUCCCCUGUAUUUAGCGCCAUCUGUCAUUCCUUCAAUUCUGACCAGUUUCCCUGCCGAUGGAAAAACAUCCCCACAGCAUGAUGCUGCCACCACCAUGGAUAGGGUUCUCGGGGUAAUGAGAGGUGUUGGGUUUGCGCUAGACAUAGCAUUUUCUUUGGUGGCCAAAAAGUUAAAUUUUAGUCUCAUCUGACCAGAGUUCCUUCUGCCAUUUAUGUUUGGGGAGUCUCCCCAUGCCUUUUGGCGAACACCAAACGUGUUUGCUUAUUUUUUUCUAUUUAAGCAAUGGCUUUUUUUCUGGACACUCUUCCGUAAAGCCCAGCUCGGAGUGUACGGUUUAAAGUGGUCCUAUGGACCGAUACUCCAAUCACCGCUGUGGCGCUUUGCAGGGUAAUCUUUGGUCUCCUUGUUGCAUUUUUGAUUUAAUGCUCUCCUGGCCUGGUUAGUGAGUUUGAGGGCGGCCCUCUCUUGGCAGGUUUGUGGUGGUGCCAUAUUCUUUCCAUAAAAAAAGGAUUUAAUGGUGCUCCGUGGGAUGUUCAAAGUUUCUGAUAUUUUUUUUAUAGCCCAACCCUGAUCUGUACUUCUACACAACUUUGUCCCUGAUCUGUUUGGAGAGCUCCUUGGUCCUCAUGGUGCCAAUUGCUUAGUGGUGUUGCAGACUGGGGCCUUUCAGAACAGGUGUAUGUGUACAUAUGCAUGCAUGCAUGCAUGCAUGCACACACACACACACACCUGUUCUGAAAGGCCCCAGAGUCUGCAACACCACUUAGAUUGCACACAGGUGGACUUUAUUGAACUAAUUGACUUAAGGUAAUUGGUUGCACCAGAUCUUAUUUAGGGGCUUCAUAGCAAAGUGGUUGAAUACAUAUUCACGCACCACUUUCCUGUUUUUAAUUCUUUUGAAUUUUUUGAAGUUUUUUUCAUUUAUUUUUUACUUCACCAAUUUCGAAUAUUUUGUAUGUCCGUUUACAUGACAUCCAAAUAAAAUCAAUUCAAAUUAGUUUGUUAUGCAACAAAAUAGGGAAAAAGCCAAGGGGGAUGAAUACUUUUUGCAAGGCUCUCUAUAUGCAGUACUAGUCAAAAGUUUGGACACCUCAUUCAAGGUGUUUCUUUAUUUUUAAUAUUUUCUACAUUUUAGAAUAAUAGUGAAGACAUCAACUAUGAAAUAACACACAUGGAAUCAUGUAGUAACACAAUAAGUGUUAAACAAAUCAAACUAUAGUUUAUAUUUGAGAUUCUUCAAAUAUAGCUUUGCACAAUUGGCAUUCUCUCAACCAGCUUCACCUAGAAUGCUUUUCCAACAGUCUUGAAGGAGUUCCCACAUGCUGAGCAGUUGUUGGCUGCUUUUCCUUCACUCUGCGGUCCAACUCAUCCCAAACCAUCUCAAUUGGGUUGAGGUUGGGUGAUUGUGGUGGCCAGGUCAUCUGCUGCAGCACUCCAUCACUCUUGGUCAAAUUGCCCUUACACAGCCUGGAGGUGUGUUGGAUCAUUGUCCUGUUGAAAAACAAAUGACAAUCCCACUAAGUGCAUACAAGAUGGGAUGGUGUAUCACUGCAGAAUGCUGUGGUAGCCAUGCUGGUUAAGUGUGCCUUGAAUUCUAAAUAAAUCACUGACAGUGUCAACAGCAAAGCACCACCACACCAUCACACCUCCUCCUCCAUGCUUUAUGGUGGGAACUACAUAUGCGGAGAUCAUCCGUUCACCUACUCUACGUCUCACAAAGACACGGCGGUUGGAACCAUAAAUCUCACAUUUGGACUCAUCAGAUCAAAGGACAGAUUUCCACCAGUCUAAUGUCCAUUGCUCACGUUUCUUGGCCCAAGCAAGUCUCUUCUUAUCAGUGUCCUUUUAGUGGUUUCUUUGCAGCAAUUCGACCAUAAAGGCCUGAUUCACACAGUCUCCUCUGAACAGUUGAUGUUGAUGUGUCUGUUACUUGAACUCGGUGAGGCAUUUAUUUGGGCUGCCAUUUCUGUGGCUGGUAACUCUAAUGAACUUAUCCUCUGCAGCAGAGGUAACUCUGGGUCUUCCUUUCCUGUGGCGGUCCUCAUGAGGGCCAGUUUCAUCAUAGCUCUUGAUGGUUUUUGCUACUGCACUUGAAGAAACUUUCAAGGUUCUUUAAAUUUCCUGGAUUGACUGACCUUCAUGUUUUAAAGUAUUGAUGGACUGUCAUUUCUCUUUGCUUAUUUGAGCUGUUAUUGCCAUAAUAUGGACUUGGUCUUUUACCAAAUAGGGUUGUCUUCUGUAUACCACCCCUACCUUGUCACAACACAACUGAUUGGCUCAAACACAUUAAGAAGGAAAUUCUACAAAUGACCUUUUAACAGCACACCUGUUAAUUGGAAAGGUGAAAACCUCAUGAAGCUGGUGGAGAGAAUGCCAAGAGUGAGCCAAGCUGUUUUCAAGGGUGGAUACUUUGAAGAAUCUCAAAAAACACUUAUUUGGUUGCUACAUGAUUCCAUAUGUGUUAUUUCAUAGUUUUGAUGUCUUCACUAUUAUUGUACAAUGUAGAAAAUAGUACAAAUAAAUUAAAACCCUUGAAUGAGUAGGUGUAUCCAAACGUUUGACUGGCACUGUAUAUAUAUAUAUAUAUAUAUAUAUAUUGUAGUAUGCUUUUUACUUUUGUUUCUUUUUUAUUCUUAUGUUACUGUUGUAAACAUUUUUUCCCUCUACAUUGUUUUCUCUCAUUUUAAUGUGAAGACCUGUAUAUGAAUUAAUGACACAAUCUCUUAUUGUAGAGACCAGGUUGUAUUCUGCUCCUUCAGAAGUGGUAAAACAGAGACUGUGAAUUUAUAGUGUGCCCUAGGACUUACAGAAAAAGCCUUAAAGGCGGUUGCCAUCUGUAUUAAUGACUGUCUGAAACCCAUGUUCAGUACAAACCUCUCUUUUCUCCUGUGCUAUGCUGCACAACUCUAAAGUGGUGAUCCUAAAUGUAAGAAAUAACCUAUAGGGGAGAGCAAUGCAAGAUCAUCUUCUGAAAAUAAGUAAUCUUCACAGUUGCCAUCUGUAGCAUGGGAUCUUUAUUGAUUGUGAUAAGCCUUUGAAACCUUACUGUUAUGCAGGCAUUUGAUAGUAAAUAUUAAACUGGGUAAAAAAAUAUAUAAUUAUUUUCAGACAAUGUUGAGAAGGGCCAAAUGAAAAAGUAUUAAUGUUCUACUUUUUGUAUUUUGUCUAUGUUGACCCAGGUAGUGGAUACAGGCCUGCCGUUAAUCAAUCUUGGCAAUACGUUUUCUAAAGUCAAUGGUGAUGCCAAAGGUCUCUCUUUCUCGUUUUGUUGUCUGUUCUUGUCAGUGACUUUUCUCUCACAUGGCUAAAACUUGAAACUCUUGUGCAUCUGUGAAUUUUAUUUAAUUUAUUCUGAUUUUAUUUCUCCUCUUAGUAAAGCUGUAAGGCUGUUGUCUUCAGUAACCGGUUGAGUUUGUGUGUUUAGUAAAGCCUUUGCUGAUAGAGCUAGAGGAGGUGAAUGAAUCAAAAGCGCUGGGUUCUCACCAGUGUUGGGGAGUAGUAAACUAGAUGUAGCUUCAACUAGUAAUUUAACUACAUUUUGUAGUAGCUCAGCGCUAAUAUAAUUCAAAUCUAGGUAGUGUUUUCACUCGUGAAUAAACUACUACUGGAACUACACACUAUUUUGGAAAAAGAAAAUAUGGAUGUUGUCUAUUUUUUUUCGGCAUCAGACCUGCCUAAUUCUCGCUUCAAAGAAUUGUUUUUAAUAGGCUGUUAACCCCAAAGGGAUCUGUCUUGCAAUUUAUAGUCUUGACAUUUCAGAUUUACAUAUGAUAUGUUUUAUCAAAGUAGUUUGAUGUCGUGAACUACUUUUUCAAAAUAACUAGUUAAGUAAACUAUAUUUUUUUCAAAGGGUGACAUUAGUGUAACUUGUUUCAGUGUGAAGUAAUUGGUAGCUUGGUAAACUAUCUUUUCAGAGUAGUGUCCCCAACACUAGUUCUAUUCCACUUUGGGAACACACUAUUCGACAAGUGUGUUCCCAAAAUGAUUGAAAGGGUUUUGGUAUCCUCCAACCAUUGCAAUGUUAAGGAAGCUCCAAUCAAUGUUGAAUAUAUUGAAAUGAAUGUAGUCUCUUUUUUUUCUGGUCUGUUUCAUGUAAUUUUUGCAUUUAUAGUUUGAAUAAAAUAUAUUUUUGAAAAACAGAAUAA